CAUGUCCAAAGAUCCAAAUUUUACAUGGUAAUAUAUGAUAAAACUAUCAAAUCCCCCCUUCCAAUAAUCGAUUAACCAUCUGUGUGCCGGAGGUAAAGUGUCAUGAAUCAGAAAGUCAAGUGUUUCUGUAGCAUAGGAGGAAGCAGCUGAGUCUAAUAACAUCUCACACGAAUGCCUUUCCAGCAAGUUUCACACCAUGUGCAGAACAAAUGACACUGUCUGCACUGUGUCACACACUAGCUUGGCCUCAAAGCUAUUCCUUUACUUGCUUUGAAUUUAGGUUUUGGACAACGCUGAGUCAAACAUAAGCCCAUAGUGCCUUUAGGGGGCGUAUUUUGGCUCCUUGAUCAGAAUUAUCUUUUUUUGCGCAUUUUAAGGAUUUGUCAACCUCCUACUUCCAGGAGACAGCUGCAGUUUGCACACACAGCUCAUUCUAAGAUUCCAUUUGGAUUUACACAUCGGAUACAGUGUUGCACAACAUCCCGGAUAGAAUGUUCAGAUUAUGCACGGAGACUGCCUUAACAGAAAUCAACGGUGUCCUAUUACUAGACCCCUCAGUGGAGGUAAAGCAUCAUGAGAGUUGGAGUCCUACUUACAGGGGUCUGUCAGUCGUAUACAAACCCUGAAUUCAAGCCCUGUCCUCAUUCCCCUCCAUGCUGUAUCCAAAAUCACUGCAGUAGCCUGAUAGGGGAACUCCUACAAGGGGUUAAACAACAUGCACGUCUCCUGGUGUAAAGUUUCAAUUCAUCCCCUUUACAUGCAUACUUUCCCCCCCUUUCUUUUCUCUCCGAUUAGUAAGAGGGGUUGUUUUUUUUUAGUAGAGCGAGAAAGGGAGGAGGGAGAUUGGGCGAGUAGUUGGAUCAUCCCGUAGCAACAGGAGACAGAAGAGAGAGGCAGCUGUCAAAAGAGAAAGAAUUAAAGAAGGAAAAAAAACCCAGGAGCCGCCUCUGCAGUUUAAUGAUCAAACGGCUGUCUGGGAAAGAAAGGAAAUAACAGGAAGCAGCUAAAUCACUGAAGCUCCCCCUGCAGCCUAUGCAGUGUCAAAAGCCCAGUCUGUCUGGAAGGGAGAACGGGGGGGAAUCCAGGAGGGUUUUUACAUAUCUCCUCCCCUUCUGUGUGUGUCUGAGUCUGACAGUCACCGGGAGGGUGUGAGAGCUAGGAACCUUCUUACAAACCAUUACUCAUUAGAAGAAGGGGGAGGGAGAGAAAGCGUUACACUACAUCUCCCUCUGACUUGGCUCUCUUAUUGUGGGACUCGCUAGAAACGGGGCACACACAGGGAAUCGCUCAUCCAAGACACCCCACGGGGAACUUUAGCUAGAAAGUGAACAAAGAAACUCCAACUUAGGUUUUUUUUUAUCCAGGACAUCCCAGGAAAGAGUGCUCGGUGUGAUAACAUGGCUAAACGGGGACCUGCACAAAGCGCAAUGGGCAGUAAAACUAACAGCGAGAUGGAUAAAGGUAAGAGGUCUGACGGGUUAACCGGCACAUUGCUGGCUGUGGGGAAAGUUUGACCUGACCAGUGGAGGGCUCCAAGCUGGCACUCAUUUGCUGCUAAAUGGGCUAUGACAGCGUCUCGAAGGCUGCUGAAGGUGGUCCUGACAGUGUGGCUGGUGACAGUGUGUCCAAGGCUGGUGAUGGUUGUUCUGACAGUGUGUCCCCAUGGCUGUUAAAGUGGGUCCUGACAGUGUGUCCCCAGGCUGAUGAAGGGGGUCCUGACAGUGUGCAUGGCUGGUGAUGGGGGUCCUGACAGUGUCCCCAUGGCUGGUGACAUUGUCUCUGGUUGGUGAAGGCUCCAGACCGUGUCCCCAUGGCUGGUGGGGGUCCUGACCGUGUCCCCAAUGCUGGUGACAGUGUCUCUGUGACUGCUGAAGGCUCCAGACAAUGUCUCCAUGUGGAUGGCGCGGAGCCCUGUGCUGGCGAUGCAGCUGCAGACAGCCCAGCAGAGUUGCUGUCUGGACAUUUGUGUUGCCCAUGCUGCUGGCUGCCUGUCAAAGUGAACGUGUUAUGCCAGGCUUUCCAUCCAGGAGCAGGGCUGUCUCUUUACAUACAGCCCGAUAGUGCUGUCAUUUAAACUUCUUCUGUAUAACACGACAUCUGCCCUGACUUUACAUUUUUAAUAAAGAAAUGCUGUCAAAUCGUUGUGCAUAGAGCCAGGAAUAGUUUGAACUUGGUUUAAAGUGAUUUUCAGUUUUUGUUUUUUUUUGCUAGAGUUUUGAAAGCAUUGUUUAUAUAACUUUGUUUUUGUUCUGUUUGUGACACCUAUGCAGGCUCUUGCUGUUGUUUUUACACCCAGGCAGGUUAAAGCAUGUGCACCAUGUCGUUGUAAAGAGACUUGGCAGGAUCUGGGGCUAUGUCACGGUGUGGUCAGGCUGUGUCCUGGCACAGAUUGAAGUGGGCAAGCUCAGGGUCAGGGCAGGAUUCUCUCUGUCCUGGCAAACUUUGAAGAGCGCUCACUGAACAAAGAGCUUGAAACGCAUGGCUCAGUCUGCACAGGAACAAAGAAACUUGCAGCACGAGGGGGGUCAUUACAAGCACAUGUGUACCAGAAAAAGAUCCCAAACUCGGGAUGUGAAAACACGUUAAACUUGCAAAAAUCAACUUGGGUGGUGGGUUAAUGUUUUCAUCUUUCAAAACCUAUACUUUAAAAUAACUUUUUCGUGUUCUAGAAAGUCCCUGUGAGGCAUGCACUGUGAAAGUCCAGGGAAGUCUUUGUUUGGAAACUAGACUUGCAUUCCUGAGGGAAAGGUCCUCCAUAACUACAUUUUUUUUUUAAAUAUAUAUUUUACUUUUAAACGACAUUUGUUUGUUACCCUUAAUGGAACCCUUGCUACUAACUCACACUGUUUACAGUACACUUGUUGCUCACAAACAACGAAGUUGUGAAACUUUUUCCCUGUGCUGAGAGCAUCAGGCAAACUCACAAGUUGAGAUUCUUUUGUUCACCAGAUCACCAUGUGCUACAGCCAGUGAGGCUGCUAAGCUUAGACUUAUUAUUAUUUUUUUUUAUUUAUUUUUUUCUUCAAACCUGUGUGGGACAUGUUCUUUUUGUGUGCUACCGUAUGUUAUCUCUCAGAAUGUAAUGAUAAUUAACUGCGAAUAAUGAAAUUUAGUUUACUUGUUGAUUCGAGUCAGUAUUUGUCAGGAGAAACGUUACUAGUGAUCCUUACAAAAAGCUUACUACAUGGGACUUUUGUAUAUUUUUCAUAUUGAUUUUGUCUAAAUAAAAACUAUUUUUUUAUUUUUCAUCACAACUUUUUUCUUUUUUUUCAUGAAAAAAUAUGAUGUGGGCAUGCUAUAUAAUUGGUUUUAUUUACCUUCUUAAUGGAAUAAUAAAAAGAUUUAAAAAAAACUAUAGUCGUCAAUCACACUAGUUUCAGUGGACAUUAACCCUAUAGGAAAUAACUUUUUUUUAACCACUUCUAUCCCACAUUUUGUGUAAUGUCCCAUGUGAACUGAAUAGUGUGGGCUCAGCAUUGUUCAAGCACAAGACAGCAAUACACGUUGGUAGAAGAGGAACAGAGUGACAGGGAGGGGGCAGUACUGCUGACAGAUCAGGAUGUGAGGAAGUGCUUGCAGAUGGUUCAAACUUUUUUUUUUUUUUUUUUUCUUAAGCUUUUAGAACAAAGACUCUCCAACUCCCCCCCGGCCCCCCACCACACACAUACAACGACCAUUUGGCCAUGUUUGAAUCUUUUGUUUUCUACUUGUGUACUCACUAGUCUCUACCUAAAGCAUUACAAUGAAACCAUAAAGUUCUAAUUAUUUAUAUUGAGAAGUAAUAUGUGGUACCUCAAUCAAAGAGUAUUUACUCAGUUUGCUUGUUUGUGCUAACUUUUUACACGCAAAUGAACAAGUAUCUGUUCUGCUAUAGUAUGUUUAACUUGGAUCCAUUGAACUCUGCAUCAUUAGACACUGAGACCUUAAAUAAUCUAACUCAAGGGGAACUUGAGAAAUGUGAUGCUCUCUGGAAAGUCCCUUACAUUUUGAUUCCAGAAAAAAAAAACAUUCUGAACUGUAAGGAAUUGCUAAUUGCACACUUUAUAAACUGGUGUUGAUCUCGUGUGUGUGUGUGUGUGUGUGUGUGUCUUUGGUCUUUCUUAAGUUUAAAUGCCAGACUGCCUUUUGACCAACUUGUUUUCUUUCACGGUGGUCUGAAAGAGCCGAAGUAGUAUACAGUACUAGUAAUCCACCCUCCCCCCCCCCCAACCUUCUCCUGUGCUAACUUCUAAAAGUGAGCUCAUUCAUUUAUGCAAACAAUGAAUGUGUUUUUGUUUUGUUUUUUUUUUGUCGCUGUUUCGGUGUUGAAAUAAGUCUUACACAGGUCUUCUUCUUGUGUUUGAGUUUCUAUUAAUCAUCGCUAAUUUCAUAGUUCAACCUUUUUAUUUAUUGGAAGUGUUAUUUUACAGCCUUGUAAUAUGAUAUUACACAAUUGAACUAAAAAUUUUUUUUUUGAAUUGUUUUUUAAGAUUUCUGGAUGUAAUAGUUUUGACAGAAACUAGUAACAUUUAAAAAACUUGCCUUUAAAAAAAAUUACAUAGAAAAUCAACAUAUUUAGCCUACCUCAUUUUAGUGCAAGUGCAACAUGUUAGAUAUACUUGCUGUUCUUCUAUUUAAGGAUCAUCACAUGAUUUUAUUCAACUUCCUCCAUUCAUAACUUGCAGUGACAUCUGUCAGUGUCAGAUUUUAUAACCUCAGUGGCAGCCUAUGUAAAAGGCCACAUUUAAAACCUCAGAACACAAAUAUUCACACCAACACACAGAACUUUACCGUAGACGACUGACAAUUCCAUUUACAUUUUUUCACACAUACUACGUGGAGCAAUAUUUUUUACAUCAGGGUAAAAGUUUUUUUACACUUUAAUUUUUUUAGGAAACACUGCCUAUUAUUAUUAUUAUUAUUAUUAUUAUUAUUAUUAUUAUUAUUCUCAUGUGUGAAAUGUGCCAACUUUUAUUUAUUUAUUUUUUAAAUCAAACAUUCAAGCAUAAACAAACAUGAGAAGUGGAACAAUGAACUACACUGCCCACCACUCUAAAACUCCUAGGUUUAAAGUUUAAUUCCCUUUACGUGCCCUGGUAACAAAAGUGUAUUGUGUUUACAAUGUGUGAUCUCUCUAUCCAUCAACAGACGUGUUUGUGAUUUGUUUUAAAUAUAAUACCCUUGUUUAUUUUUUUUUAAUUUUUUUUACCAUGCAAGUGUAUUUAGGUAGUUUUUAUCUGUCCAAACAAUUACAAACACAUUUUUUUUUCCAAUCAAAGUUCUGCUGAAGUUAUUAAGUUUAGUGCUGAUAAGAACUAUGACUUGCAGUGUUUUUAGUCUGAGCUGUUUCCUGCUGGGUUAGACUGUUACAAAGCUCUCCUUCAUGUAUCUGUUUACAUUGCAUUCUCUGGCUCAUUUUUUACAUUUGACAGAACAUUCUAACAAAAGGCACCCUAAGGUGGGUGCUCUUUUGAUGCAGGCUAAAAUCUACAAUCAUUCGGCGUAUUAACACCAUAUAGUGAAGGCAUCUUUACUCCAACUUGUUUUAAGUCUGGUACAUUUUAAGUGUUCAGACGACUGGAUGCGAAUUAAUGUGAUAUGUUUAGUUAAUUUUAGUUCCAACCAUUUCUGUUGUGUCUUUACUGUUUCUCAUAUGUUUGUAUGCACAGUGUUUGGUCAUAGUCCAUUUGAGCAUGUGAGAUGCAUACUAAAAUGCGUGUGUGUUGGGCUACUUUUAGUCCAUAAUAAAAGACAUCUUUUAAGUGUUAACUUUAACUUUUCAUAUAAUACUUUUUUUUUUUUUUUUCAUGGACUAUUAUUUUUGUAUUCUAAAUAUUCAAAUCAGAGUAAAAGUAAGAAUGUAAGUUUAUUUGAGCAGGGACAUAAGCAUCCUCUGGUCCUGUGUGUCCAAUUAGUCUUGUACUGUUAGUCCACUUUUUGUACAGCGCUGCAGAAGUUGUUGCUUUAUCGUAUUGUAAUGCAUCUUUCCAAGAGGUUUGAAGAUCUGCAAAGUUAAAAAAAAUUAAGCUCUGAUAAUACAGAUUGAUUGUGUUCGGUUUCCAGCCUUAGUGGCACAGCUUUAUUCUAAUCUGCUGUUCCACAUGGUUGAAUCUUUUCUGUGAGUUUCUCUGCAGUCCCUUUUAAUAAGUGCUGGUUGCCAAAGUGCACUGAGUUGCCCAGUCAGACUGUAUUGGGGUAUUAGGCAAGAAUGUAUGGGGCCUGCAAUUCCUUGAAUCAUGCUGACGAUCUUUCUUUUUAUGAGCUUAUUGCUUUUUUUAAGCUGGAAGAGACUGGUAAGUAAAUUCCAUAACAUUUCUAAAAUAUAUGUAGCUUAGUUUACAUAUCAUUGUUUGUGUCAACGAAAGUCACUUCAAACUAUUUUAAAAAGAAUGUUGCAUACAGAUACAGGCAUACAGAUGUUUCUUGUCAUGUCUGGGGAAAUGGACAGUGACUUUUCUUUUUUAAAUAACUUUCAGUCAUAUCUGCUUAGUAUGCCACCAGGGAAAGUAAUAACAUAUGAUCAUUACUCAGGUAUUGGGAAAGAGUUGGGAAAGUGCUCGUAUAUACAGCUUGCAACAUCAACUGGAAAUAGUCCUUUUAAAUGAUGUUGAAUUGUUUUUAGCAGGCUGAACACAUUCUGGGCACUGAUGUGUGCCUCUCCUUUAUUUUCCUUAAGAUGCUAUCUGUAUAUAUCACACCUUUUACUUUGUGUCACAUUUUCUACAUAUUGGAAUGAUCAUUCAGAAGUGGAUGUUUGUUACCGUCACUGUCUGUAUGGUUUUUAUAACUUGCAGAAAUGGAAAGAGGAGAUUUAAAAAAUUUUUAAAAAAUUUUUUUACAUUUUUUUUAUGACGGUUGUUCAUCACUUUGUCUCCACGAGACUUCCUAAAGCAGCUAUGUUACUUUUGAGUAUGCCAUAAAGGUAAAAUCAAUAAUAUGAAAUACUCAUUUAGAAUGCACUGGAAUACCAAUGCAAUCAAAAGAUAUCAUAAAUUAGAGAUUGCUUAGUUCAGGGCUUGACAAAUUUGUUUGGAAUCUAGGAGCCAGCUAAAAAAGUUAGGAGCCAGGUUUUUUAAGGGACCCUAGUCACCAGAACCACAACGGAUUAAUGUAGUUGUUCUGGUGCCUAUAGCCUGUUCCUGUAGCCUUUUCAAUGUAAACGCUGCCUUUUCAGAGAAAAGGCAGCAUUUACAUUGCGGUCUACUAAGCCCUGUAGUGACAGUCACUCAGGUGGCCACUAGAGUCCUGUGCUCUACAUGGAGGCCCUGAAUGUUACCCAUAGAGAACAUGCGUAAUACCCUCCCAAUGCUUUCCAAUGGGAAAGCAUUGGCUUAGCUGAGAUUCUUAAGAUCUCAGCUGUGGAAGGGGGUACAAGCAACAGCGAAACCAGCACGGCGUGGGGGGAAAAAAGGUAAGUAAAAACACCAAUCAUGUGAUCGAAGGGAGGCAGGUACCUAAACAGACACACACACUGACAGACAUACACAGACUCAUUCACAGAGACACACACACUUUCUCGAACACUCACACAUUUAUAUUUUUAAUUCGAAUCCACCCAGCCUCUCUACCUUUGGGGAGCUGAGUGGACUUUCCCUGGGUUACAGUGGGGCUGAUAUUCCUGGGUGCAAGGGAGCAAUGAUCUUCCUGCAGCUCCUCUCUGCGCCAGCUCCCGGCAUCAUUACACAGCACGAGGGAGCAGAGAGGAGCUGCUGGAAGAUCAUUGCUCCCUCGCAUGCUGCCCCAGCCUGCCGCCUCCAUACCUCCUGCGGGUGUCCGGCUACACAGCUUCUUGAGCCGGCCGCCUCCAUAUCUCCCGUUGGUGUCCAUCUACGCAGCUUCUUGAGUUGGCCGCCUCCAUACCUCCCGCGGGUGUCCAGCUACACAGCUUCUUGAGCCGGCCGCCUCCAUACCUCCCGUGGGUGGCCGGCUACACAGCUUCCUGAGUCGGCCGCCUCCAUACCUCCUCGCGGGUGGCCGGCUACACCGCUUCCUGAGCCGGCAGCCUCCAUACCUCCCGUGGGCUACACAGCUUCCUGAGCUGCUCGUCUCCAUACCUCCCGCGGGCGGCGGGCUACACAGCUUCCUGAGCCGGCUGCCUCCAUACCUCCCGCGGGCGGUGGGCUACACAGCUUCAAGAGCUGCUCGUCUCCAUACCUCCCGCGGGCGGCGGGCUACACAGCUUCCUGAGCCGGCUGCCUCCAUACCUCCCGCGGGCGGCGGGCUACACAGCUUCCUGAGCCGGCUGCCUCCAUACCUCCCGCGGGCGGCGGCUACACAGCUCCCUGAGCUGCUCGUCUCCAUAACUCCCACGGGCGGCGGGCUACACAGCUUCCUAAGCCGGCUGCCUCCAUACCUCCCGCGGGCUGCGGGCUAAACAGCUUCCUGAGCAGACAGGCAGGCAGCCGGCUGGCUUCAUUGUUUGCCCAGCCGGCCAUUUUAGGUGAAAGGCUGACCAAUCCCGGACGCCAGGGUAAAAUUUCUAGUCGCCAUGGUGACCUGGCACCUGGAAUUUGUCAAGCCCUGGCUUAGUUUUAAGAUUAAGUCUAUACUUUUAGAAAAGUUGUCUGUCAAAAGGCAGAUCUUUUCCAGUGGUUCUUCUCAAGUAGUUGUAUAUAGGUAUCAUGGCAUGUUUCAUAUGCCUUUUGUGCGUGUUUAAGUAUAAAUAUUUUAACUUGUUAUCUCUUCAUUUAUCCUAUUUGAAAAUCAGUUUACCAAAGUGCUGAUAUUUAUGAGAAGUCUGCAUAAUUAUGGAACACCCCUGGCUGUCAAUCAAACAGCCAGGGAGGUUUGGAGUAGAGUUAGCUCUACUUGAGCUCGCCUGCCUUCUCCUUCACAGUCCUUCGAUCAGCAACUACAGACCUCAGAUCAGAUGUGCGUUUGUGCACGAGCUGGCGCAAUCGAAACAGUGUCCGCGUGUGCUCAGUGAGAAGCCUCUGAUUGGCUAUUUCUGUGUGAAGAGACUGAAAGUAUUUUCCGAGUAAAAAAUGCGAGGGCUUGCAAGAUCUGCAAUAAUAAGCACUUCAGCUUUUGCAAGCUCUUUUAAGCUCAUGCAAAAAUCAUGCAUGUAUUCAUUGGGGGCAUAUUUACUUAAUAGUGAUGCUCUCUCUCUCUCUAUAUAUAUAUAUAUAUAUAUUAUAUAUAAUAUUAUUAUUUUUAUUUUUUUUCCCAAUUUGGGCAUUGGAAUGUUCCUUUAAUUCUUGUUUUAUUUUCCGAAUUCUCUCAUCCAAGGGCAGAUUGAUGACACCAGGUUUUGUUGUCACUGAAGUGUUUUUUUUUUUUUUGUUGCUCUAAACUCUGCAUUACAGCUAUCUUCCUUGAUUGUUUUAUUUUACCGGUAGUUAGAGGAGCUCCCAAAUGAUUGUCACUGCAAAAUUCUGCUAUUCCAAGAGAAAGUAUUAAGAGAAACAAUACUUCAUUAUUUUGCAUUUGAAAUAUUCUAAGUUUCUACAUAUAAACCUUUUUUUUUUUUUUUUUAACUAUGGAUAUUCAAAUACACUUUUGGUUUGUGGUAUUCUGGUGUAUAAGUAAAUCUUGGUGUGGUUUUUCACCAUGAAACCAUUUUCCUGGGUGUCCAGAAAGGCUUUCAUUGCUGUUGUCGCUCAGACCACAAAUACUGAGGGAUACAAUUGUUACGCAGUGUAAGAGCCAACCUAACUUUUUUCAAAGAGAAUUCUCAGUGGAAAAAGAAUGCUCAUCUAAGGAAUUUAGAUCUUAUCUUCCAAAUGGGAUUGACAGAUUUAAUGGUAUUGUUCUGUACAAAAGACAAGAACCUUUUGUAAACCCAAGCUGUGAUUUAUUGGGAAAAUAUUUAAAAAGCUUAGAGAGAGAGUGUGUGUGUGUUUUGAAAAUGUAUGUUUUUUUUUGUUUUUUUUUGGAAUCUGUUUAAUACUCUGCCCUGUAAACUUGCUAGUGAAUUUGUAUAUUAACGGUGAGUUUUUAUAAUAUGUAGGAUUGCAUAAUCAGCAAUGCUGACAAACAUGGCACACAAACUUCAAAUUGCCUUUACAUGUUCAAUGGUAUGUGUAGAUUAUAUAUUUUCUAUUUUCAACAAUUCACUCACAAUGACAAAAUAUGCUGAUAAACAAAGUAAGCAUGCCUUUUAAAAAUAUAUUUCCAACCCCUCUUUUACCUUGGCAAUGACCUGCUGCUUUAUUGCCCAGAUUAUAUGCUCUUAACCCGAUAUAUUAGGUUAUUAGAGAUUUAGUGAAACAUUGAGUGUUCUGCAGAGCUUUAACUUGAAUAUUUAGAUCACUGCUGUUUUGGAACCUCUAAUCUGCAUUCCUGCCUGUUUUUCCAGUGCUUAUUUGAGACCAUAGUUUUGGUGGAAGAGAGACACUUAAUGGUGAUUUUUCUUUGUAUCAUUUUAGUUCCUCAUUCUGGCACUGACACUGAUGAGGAGGAUGAUGAUAGCGUGGAUGUCCCACUGGAUCUGUCUGCCACAUCUGGGAAAAGAAAAAGACGUGGAAAUCUUCCCAAGGAAUCUGUGCAAAUUUUAAGGGACUGGCUUUUCGAACACCGCUACAAUGCUUAUCCCUCUGAACAAGAAAAGGCAGUUUUGUCCCAUCAAACACAACUCUCAACAUUACAGGUAUGUACAAAUAUGGAUGACAUGAUGUUGUUUAUUAUCAGGAUCCAUUUAUGUAUGUCGUGUUUUUGGUUUUAUACAGCAGGGUUCUAUGUGUGUUCUAAUUUUGUCUGUGAGGUUUAUUUCUUGAUAUGCUCUGUCAUUUCUUUUCUUUUGCUAAAGUCAACCAUCAUUGGUCUAACUACUAAAAUUUAAGGGGAACCGGCCAUAUCUCUAUUGACAUAUAUACAUUGCACUAGCAAUUUAUAGAAAAUAUAGGGAUUUGGAGGAAAACCGAUUUUAAAAAUCGAGUUUUAUACCGUCUCUCUCAAUUCCUCGGCAAACACUGAAUGCUGAGGAAUUGAGACAUGGAGGGUAAAAGAGGCCUCCCACAAGACUCUGCUCUCCACCCAUAGCAACCCUAAUGCAUGCAUUGUGGUUACUAUGGUAACGCCAUAGCUGGUGCUGAUUGCGCUGGGUAGGGAGUAUAGAAACGCUGUCCAGAAAACCAGCAUGUCAGUAUCAUGGAGGAGGUUUGCAAAUCAAGGAAGACUGAAGGAGUGUAGUAUUCCUUUUAAAGGAACACUAUAGUGUUAGGAAUAUAAAACUGUAUUCCUAACACUAGUGUCCCUCUGUUUAUACUGUCACUUCCAGCUGUCUUACUUCAGCUUAUUAUGCUUCCAUUUUUUUUUUUUUCAAUAAAAGGAUUAUGAUUGUUGCUGUUUCUUUAACUCUGUAGUCGCUUAGUCUGGGCCCCAUAAAUGCUGAUGAGCUACAACCCCUAGAAUGUUCUGAAUGCAGUAGAUAGCUUGGCAUAUGUAGUUCAGCAACAUUGGGGGUGACCUGAGUUUGAGACGCCUGCUUUAGAUACAAAAAUAGUGUUUUUUGCCACUUUUCAAGGCUUUACAAGUGCAGGCCUAGAAACUACAUCAAACAAGCUGCAGACAAUAUCUCUAGAUAACAGUGCUCGUGGUCUACAGCCUAGAUGUCUCGUUGACCCUGUAGUGAAAUUUAAGUUUGUCCAAUCUUUCAGUUUCAAUUGAAAAUUAGCUUAGAUUCAGUAAAAUGAGAGGAAUAAUUUUAAAAUAAGCAGAUUUUUUUUCCCUCCAGUAUACCUGUCUUAUGGUACACUGUCCUAUAACACCACACAGCUAUGUAGUCAGAGGGGUUAUUUACUGCCAAAGAUUUGACUGAGGUAAUUGAACACAUGUUUGGAAGCACAAAAAGUUCAGCUGUGCCAGUGACUCACUGCUCGCUCUCUGAUCGAAAGACAAACAGCAUCUUGUUUCAAAGGAAAAUUUCCCACCAUUAGCCUAAGGUAUGGGAAAUGACAUGUAAGAAACAUUUAAAAAUGAAAGCGUUCAGCCGCAUCGAAAAUUUAAAUUUCCUGGGGCCUUAUUGGGCUAAGUUUCUUGUGUAUGUCAAGACUGACAACCAAAGCUUUGUGUUGGACGAAAGUGCUUUAAGAGUUCGGUGUAACAGAAUAUAAUUCAACAACUGGGACCUAUUUGUCGGCCCUUAUUAGUUAGGAAGGCUUGCAAAACCAUUGGAUCCUUAUCAGAUUGCCAAAGGCCAUCAAACAGGUAAGCCUUUCUUGAUGUUCAAUGCUUCUGUAAAGAAUGCUAUUGUCUCCCUUACCCCGUCAUUUAGCUCUUUGCUCUCACAUCCCUUUAGGUAUUUUGUAGAAUAGCAUUAAUGUGGAAUUCCAUGCACUGGGUACAUGGUGCUGUAUUUUUAGAUAUUUUAGUAGAGUGUAAUACAUAUUGGCCAUUUGAAUUCCAAAAGGGAAAAAGAAAAAAAAACAACGCUAUGUGUUGUAUAGCUUGCUAAAAGGGUUAAUCUAACUGGAAAACUUCUUGCAAGCUACAGAUAUUUUUCUAUAGGAAAUGAGAAUAUGUGUGGUCAAUUCUGCUUCUGUCGGUAGACAGUUUGUGUAACCUUAAAAAUAAUGCUUGUCUUUACCCAAUUCGUCAAAAUCCAGCUGUAACUAGUCUAUUGUUUAAGAUCCUCUUCAUGUUAUAUGAUGUGCAUUAUAAUGACAAUGUUAACUGUCUAUUUGUUUACAAUAAUGAGUUGCAACAGUCCUUUUUAAUACAGAUGUUAGUCAUUGGUUCCAUUCCAUCACUGAAAUAUUUAGAACCAUUUGCACAUUUCCAAAGGUUUAAAUGGAUUCUAUAGUGACAGGAAAACAAAACAGUGCCCCCUUCCUGGCGCUGGAGGGGUUAAAACCCCUUUAGUCACUUACCUGAAUCAGGCAGCGAUGUCCUUUGGCGCUGGGUCAGGCUCUGCCAAUGCACCUCCCAACACCUUUGGACCGCAUUCACAUUGGGAUUUCCCCAUUGGAAUGCAUUAAUCAGUGCUUUGAUAUGGGGAAUAUGGUGACGCUGGAAGUUCUUAUGCAUAGCGUGAGGACGUCAAGCAUCAUUUAGGCAACCAAAGUCGUCUAAGCACUCGGAAGUCCCUCUAGUGGCUGUCUGGUAGACAGCCACUAGAGGAAAAGUUAACACUAGCAGGUAAUUAUUGCAGUUUUUCAGAAACUGUAAUAAUUACCACUGUAGGGUUAAGGGACAUGGGACAUUGCACCCAGACCACUUCAAUGAGCUGAAAUGGUGUGGGUGCCUACAGUGUCCCUUUAAGGCUUCUUAAUUAGAGCACUGACGUGUUAGAAGUACACUGUAAGCAACAUAACCACAAUCUAAAGAAAAGGAAAAAGUUACCUGCGCUCUCACAAUCUAUUGCUGUGGUAUUUUGUUGUCAAUAGUACCUUGAUGCUGUUCCUCGAUUUUAAUAACAAUUUUUUUUUUGCAAACCAUUUGAAACAAACUAAGAAUUCUUAGUUUAGGAAUUAUCCCAAUCUCAGCCACAGGGACCACUACUAACCUGGAUGGCAUUAACUGGCUCUGGGCAGGGUAGUCUCAGACGGUUUGUGUCACCCAGAUUGGACUAUAUUGACAUUGAUAAUGUGAAUAUGUUGGUUCGUUAUUAUCGAUGCAGCUGUGAUGGAGGCAGUACCUUCGGCGUUGGGAAGAGCCUGGAGUGUUUGUCUAAUCAUUGCUUGAUAUUAAACAGAGAGGUAGCACAAUGGUACUCUAGGCAGCUUAACCACUGUAGAAAGCUGUAGUGGUUUUCUUGCAUAGAGUUCUCCAUGAUUUUUAUUUUAUUUUAUUUUUGCUCCAAGAUAAAUUCACAUAGGAAGUUUUUAAAAUUAGACACGUUGUGGGUGAAAUGUGGGCGAGUUCAAAAUACAAAACUUUCACAUAAUAUGACAUAGUGCCAGUUAAAAAAUGGCUUUUCAACCUUCUAAACUCAUUCAUGCUAAAUUCAUUUUUUUUUUUUUGUAGUAACCUGACUGAUGUUGGUUAUCAUUUUGCAGUGUAUGAGAGUUGCAUUUUCACAUGUAAAUGUUAUUCAAUAGCGUGAAAAAUAUGCUUCUUUUGCUAUAAAUGUCCUUGUUCAAUUUGAACACACAAAUAUUUUCCAUAACUUAUUCUCUGUACAAAAUCACUAAAAGACUCAGAAAUGUGCAAAGUUAUGACAUGUCUAUUAUUGUAUUUCUAGGUUUGCAAUUGGUUUAUUAAUGCUCGCCGCAGACUUUUGCCAGAUAUGCUACGGAAGGAUGGGAAGGACCCCAAUCAGUUUACAAUUACUCGGAAAGGAGGCAAAAUAACAGAGGCAAUGCAGGUGGAUUCCACUGCUGGUGCAAAACCCUAUAUUCCCACUAUUGACGAAAACUCAUUUCAAUUCAACGUGCCAGGGUCUAGCCAGAGCUCGGGAAAGUUCCUUGCUUCAAAACUGUCUCCUCCACAAUCCCUUCUAGCUCGCCCAUCAGUCAUAUGUCAUACCACUGUAUCUUCUCUAAAUGAUGCCCCUUUCAACUUCACUCAUGUGUUCAACGCCGGACAGAUCCCAAACCAGAAGCAGAUAGAGGCAAAUACUAGUAAUACUUUAACAGAGGCCAUGCUUGUAUGCCAUGAUGAUACAAAUAAACUUGGACAAAUCACAAGCCCACAGAGUGGACUUUUCAACACGCCACCUCCUACCCCUCCAGAUUACAACCAAGAUUUCAGUGGCUUCCAGUUAUUGGUGGAUGUUGCUCUCAAACGAGCUGCAGAAAUGGAGCUAAUGGCCAAGGAGGUGGUCUAACCACUUUACCUGAGACAUUUGAAAAAAUUCUGAACAUUUCUUUUUGAACUGCCUGGGUUGAUCUCAAAGACAUAUCUACAUUAUUUCAAUAUAUAUAUAUAUAUAUUUUUUUCUAUUCGUGUUAUUUGCACACGGGAUCGUCAAGGUGAAGCUUUCUUUUAACGAAAAGGUCUUACCCCUUUCAACUUAAGACAUUUUCUUUACCCUCUGAAUGGUUGAGAUGGGGGGAGGGUUUUUUGGCCUCAUGACUAUUAACUGUGAGUACAGAUUUUGACUUCUGCGAGUUUCUCAGUUGCCAUCUGUGGACAUUGAAUGCAAAACGCUGCCAUUGGCUCAAUCAAACUCUUGCAGUGACUUAUACAAACUCAGGGGUGAAGGUGAAUUGGAUACAAUAAAUUGAUACUGUAUUUCAUUCCAAGUUUUCUAAAGUUAUUGCUACUGUAGAAACAAUGUUUGUUUCUUAGUAGAUUUUUUUUUUCUUUUUUAUAAAUGUGAGAAUCAUCUUCCCAAGAUUGUGAGUUUUUUUUUAUUUUUUGUUCUAGAUUUCAUUUUUUUUUUUUUGGUACCUUUUCAGACUGUGCAAUAUAUUGUGAGAAAAUAGACCAUUUUUAUCAUUCCAGAGCAGCAGAAAAUGCUUAUACGGUCUACUACACAUUUAUCCCCUACAAUGUAAGAGAGUAUUUUUUUUUUUUUUUUCUGUUUGUUUUAAGGUAAUGUAAAAGUAUUUUUGUUUGUUACUGGGAAUGCCAUUAGAAAUACUGUGUAACUGGAUAUUGUUCCCACCUGAAAUAUUAACUGCUAUGUACAAAUUUCAUGGACAUGUAUUUUUUUUUUUUUGUAUGUCUUUGUAAUAUAGAAAAUAACAAAAGAAAGCAAAGUGUGUGUGUUUGUUUUUACACUUUCAGCAGUUAAUUUAAUAAAACGUAUGACACAUUUAGAUCCAAAUAGCAGAUACUGUGAACAUACUAUAGCUCUGUUUUGACCUAAAAUGUGACAUAUUUUUGGUGAAUAGAUUAUUUGGCACAAUGUAUGUAAUAAAUUAUGCUCCAGUGAACUUCUUUGACUGUAUACGUUUACAGUAAAUAUCAUAAACUUUUUAAAUAAAUCCUGGACUAUUAGAAACAACAGAAAAUUGUGGGUAACAUUUAAACAUCAUACCAAAUCCACAUUGAUGGAGUUAAAGAUGUGAUUGAUGUGAAGAUUCUUGCUAAUGGUUUAGAUUUUUCAAUGGUAAUUUAAUCUCUGGUCCAACCUAAGAACCAC